CAAAGUUCAUCUUUUAGUUAGAGAAUGUGGCCCUUUAUUCAUCGGGCCAAUUCGAGUAUUGGUCGCCUGUGUUGGUUUUGAAAGCUUUCCACGAUAGAAUUCUGCUGUCGAAUAAGAUGUCAACCGAUUCAUCCUCGUCGAGCUCAUCCAGCUCACCGCUAACUGAUGACUUCCUUCAAUCUAGUUCUAAUUUUUCAAUUUCUUCCAGCGGAUCAUCUGACUCGUACGAAAAUGACUCGAAUGGAGGAGAUUCCGAUGAUACAACUUCACGUUUCUAUUUCAGAAGCUUAAAUGAAUGGAGCGACGUAGGAUCGGACAUCGAAUACACACCGAACGACAUAUUGCGGUCGGAGGUGGACGACUACGAAGCUUUUUUUUGGCACCAGAUCGAACCGCAGAGAAGGAGGUCGGCUCCCGAGCCGUUGCUCGUCUCGUGGCAGGUGAAGAAAACACCCUCGCCCGGAUUACAUUUCCUAGGCGGGCAAAAGCUGAAGCUCGUUCCCCGCGGAGACACCCCUUUCGAUUAUUUUAAUUUACUAGCGGACGAGGAAUUUUUAAACACGAUCAUCAUGGCUACGAACAGAAACGCCGACAGGAUUCUUUCUGAGGUCCAACAUUCCACCGGUCGUACCUUCGUGUGGAACGAUCUCGAAAUACCGGAAUUUAAAACGUUCCUCGGCCUCCUGUACCUUUCCGGCCCGGACCUGGAGGCAAAUUGGCGUCCUUCAAAACAUUUCCUGAACCCCGUAUUUCCAAAGAGCAUGUCGAGAGAUAGGUUCCUUUCUAUCAUGAAAGCGCUGUCCUUCACCGAAAGGGAGGCCACCAGAAGUCCCCAGUUCAAGACUGAGGAAAUAAGAUACUUUAUUGAACUGAUAGCCUACCAAAUGUCGAAAGUGUAUUCUCCUGGAAGAGAGCUCUGCAUCGGGAGCGUCAGCGUUUUUCGCUCUUGGAGCGAGAAGGGACUCAGGAUGUGUACGCUCAUCGAUCCCGUAGGCGUCGUCCUGGAUGUCCACGUCUGCUUCGAUUGCCAGGAUUGCGAAAGCGAAAAGCAUUCGGACGAGAUGGUUUUGAAAAUUCUACGCCCGUAUUUUAAUUUGGGCCAUUCUGUGUUUGUGUGCAAGAAGUACGGAAGUGUACGUUUGGCCAGACUCUUGGCAAGCAAUAAGUUCAACUACACUGGCAGAGUGAGCCCCAAGAGGGACAGCGAUAUAACCGAAUGGUUAAAAAACCGCUUGGAUAACGAGGACUGUGAGGCUCUGUACACAGAGGGCGGGCUCAGCUGCAUCAAGUUAAGAGAAAAAUGGGACGAGUUUUGGCUGAGCACGGAAUUCGGCCAUAAACCUACGGUGGACACUAGUCAUCCCGUUUCCGUAGACAGAGCGCAUCCUAAGCCGGAAUCCGUCGUACGUUAUUAUGAGACCAUGGCCGCCUGCGGACGCUUAGAGAAUUUUAUCGCUCACGACAUCGAAGGGACUUACUACAUGAAGAUGGUCGUGAAACUGUUCUCACUUCUCCUUUUCAACACCAUCUCUCUUUAUAACAAAUUCUCAGAUUAUCACCGGAUCGAGCCUUCUCGUUUCAAGGAGGAAAUAAUUAAAAACCUCCUUGAUCCCGGGAUGUCCGGCGUCAGAAACCGAAUCGUGACACAAUCCCAUUUCCCCGUAGAAGUAAACAGGCAAGCGCAAUGCAAAUACUGUUAUACAAACGGGUGGACUCAGUCUAUCAAUUUUAUUUGUCCUAAUUGUCCGAGCCAACCUUUUCUCUGCCUUAAAUGUUUCAGGCCAUACCACACGACCUAUUUUAAUAUAUGAUACAAUUCGGGCCUCCAGCUUGAUUUGGUCAUUUUAAGUGAUAUUUGUGCCAUGCUGUCGUUUUUGUUAUGACAAUAUAAUAAUAGUUUUUACGCCUAAUAUUUUUAAAAGAUUUUAUAGCCCUCUAAUAAUUUAUGAUUGGAUUAUAAAAUUUUAAGAGAAAUAAAUAUUCCUAUAGGUAUUGAUUCUGUGUAACAAUAAUUAUUUUUUAAAUAAAUUUUGUUCGCAUUGUUA